AUGGAGAUGGAGAGGAUAAACAUAAUUGGAGAUUGCCUAGAAGCUGUUUAUCAUGAGAUAUCUGAGAAGAGGAUCAGCGUGCCACUGGGUAGAAUUAAGGAAGUUAUUGGAGAAAAGACAAAGCCUUCUGAUUAUGAAAUUGUCAAGAAUGUGGCUAAAGGUGGAUAUGGAGAGGUUUUUCUUGUGAGGAAAGGAAAGAUCUAUGCCAUGAAGAGGGUCUCCAAGGAAUUGGUUCUUAGACAGCCACACACUGCUCUGUUCAUGGCUGAAAAAGAAGCAAUGGUUGAUUGCAUUGGUAGCGAAUGGCUUGUUUGUGCUCAUAUGACCAUGCAAGAUGAAGAGUAUCUCUAUUACCUGAUGGAUUUCAUUCCUGGAGGAGACUUCAUGGGGUUACUAUCUAAGGAGGAUGUCUUGGAAGAGGAUUGGGUAAGAUUCUAUGCGGCAGAAAUUGUUGCAGCACUUGACGAGCUCCAUAAGUUAGGAUGGAUACAUAGAGACCUAAAGCCGGAUAACAUACUUAUUGGGAGUGAUGGGCACGUGAAGCUGGCAGACUUUGGUAGCUGUAUUAAGAUGAAGGAUGGGAAGGCAAGGUCAUCUAUUACGGUUGGAACGCCUGACUAUGUUUCUCCUGAUGUCUUGUGCUCUGUAAAUGAGGAAUGCGAGUACGGGGAGGAUGUAGAUUUCUGGACGCUUGGGGUUAUAAUUUACGAGAUGGUGUAUGGAACAACGCCUUUCUACUCUGAUACCUUGAUGGAGACAUAUCGAAAAAUAACAAAAGCAGAGUUUGGAUUUCCUUUCAAGGUAUCUCCAGAGCUUACAAGCCUGAUUGAGAGUUUGAUAACAACAAAGGAUAAAAGGAUCAAGAUUGAGGACAUAAAGAGCCAUAGGUUUUUUGAGGGGAUAGACUGGAAUAGGCUUAAGGAGCUUAGUCCUCCUUUUGUUCCUGAGAUAAGUGGGGAUUCUGACACAUCUCAUUUUGUGGAUACUCAAUUUGAUCCUGAGAGGAGGAAUCUGGAUGUGAAGGGGAAUUACAUGCCGUUUGUAGGGUUUACCUUUGAUCCGGGGUUUGUAUCCAAGUUUUACGGUAUGAUGGAAAAAGCAGAUUCUACUUGCAGCAGGAAGGAUUCCAAAAUCAGGGAGCAUGAAGAGGCCCAUAAGAAUCUUUUAACCAAGAUUUCUGAGAAUAAGGGGAUUCUUGAGUCACAGAAACAGGAAUUGAUGGGAAUGAAGAUGGAGCUUGAAAGCACUAGGAAGGAGCUGGAAGACUCAAAGAACGAAGUUCAACACCGCCAAAAAGAGCUCAAGGAUGUUUUAUCACAGUUGCUGUUUGAAAAAGAAGAGCUGGAAGAUGCCAAAGGUGAGCUUGAAAGGUAUAAAACCUGGCUGAAGGAUGUCACUGAGGAGGUAAACAACAAAGCCCUUCUCUCGGAAGAAUAUUCUAUUGCAGAGAAAGAGUCCAUGAACAUUUCCAAGUUUUCUGCUUCCACAGAGAGGUUAGAGAAGAGAGCCCUGUUUAAGGAGCUCUCUUUAGCGAUUCACGCAGCUGGGAAGGAGGUUGAAGAAAUCAUGAGUAUAUUCCAAGGCUUCCAGGAGUCCAUGAAUAAUCUAUCUGUGGAAAAUAAAGGCCUGAAGUCUGAGGUUGAAAUUUGCAAAGAGAAGUUCCAAGAAGUCCUUAGAAUAAAGGCAAUGGUUGAAUAUGAAAAUAAAAGCCUCAGUGAAAAGCUUAGGUCCGAAGGGUUAGAUAGCUUAAAAAGGCAACUUAGGCUAAAAACCGCUGAAGUUAAGGAGUACGAGCAGAAGCUUAAUCAAGAGAUACUCUUCAGAAAAAGCAUGGAGGAGGAGCUAAGCUUCCUGAAGAAGGAAAGAUCAAAAGUUCAUAGAGUAGCCGUAAAGCAGUCCUUUUCAUGCCAUUUAGUCAAUGGGGGAUCUAUAGUUGUAAAGAUAGAAGAAGACCGCCUCUGGGUAGGAGAUGAAGCCCAUCACAUCUCCAGCGUCUAUGUCGGAGAAUUGAGGCCUAAUGAGCUUCAUCAUCUUCCACAGAAAAAGAUACCAAUGACGCUAAGGAUUGUUUUUAUGAAUGAGGAGGUUAAAAGUGUGAGCUCGGCUGGGAGAAGAAGCCUGAAGUCUCUUGAAGAGGAUCUCAAUACAGAAAUAGCCAUCAAAGAAGGAAUAGAAAAGAUUAGAGCUUUACUUCAAGGCAAAACACUUGAAGAGGCCAACAUGCAGCUUGAAGGGUCGAACAGGAAGAUAAGUCAACUAAAAGCAGAGAUUGAGAGAAGUAGGAAAAGCACAAUUGUAGAGAACAUUCCAGAAGACCCUGUCAAGAUUUACGAGUUUAAUAACCACCUGUUUGCUGUUAAAACGCUGCCCCAAGGAUCUCUUUGUGACUUUUGCAAUGAAGUUUUGUAUGGGCUUGUCGAUCAAGGUUUUGAGUGCAGAGACUGCAAAAUGAUUGUACAUAGGUCUUGUUAUGUCCUUGGGGACAUUUCCUGUGAGCUUUAUUCUGCACUGAAAUCAGGGAAGACAUACUAUGUCACAAUGAGAACGAUUGAGGAAAAGGAAAAGCUUUUGAGUAUAACUAAAGGAUAUUGA